AUGUCAAAGCAUGUUGAUACAGUCAGAAUAUUCACAAGAGAAGAACUAGAGAACGCAACAAACAAUUUUGACUCAAGCAGAGAACUAGGAAGAGGCGGCCAUGGAACUGUUUACAAGGGAAUUCUCAAGGACAGCAGAGAAGUAGCAAUAAAGCACUCAAAGAUUAUGAACGUCGCCGAGAAAGAUGAAUUUGUGCAAGAGAUUAUUAUACUUUCACAGAUAAACCACAGGAAUGUGGUAAAGCUUCUAGGUUGCUGCUUAGAAGUGGAAGUCCCAAUGUUGGUCUACGAAUGCAUCCCAAACGGCACUCUAUUCGAGCUGAUGCAUGGCAAAAACAGAAGGCAAUUCAUUUCAUUGGAUGCUCGUCUCAGGAUAGCUCAGGAGUCUGCAGAAGCACUAGCAUAUCUUCACUCAUCAGCAUCCCCACCCAUAAUUCACGGAGACGUCAAAUCUCCAAACAUUCUGCUUGGCGACAACUACACAGCAAAAGUGACUGACUUUGGAGCAUCAAGAAUGCUUGCUACUGAUGAAAUACAAUUUAUGACAUUGGUGCAGGGAACUAUAGGUUAUCUGGACCCUGAAUACUUACAAGAGCGUCAACUGACAGAGAAGAGUGAUGUAUACAGUUUUGGAGUUGUGCUCCUAGAGCUCAUUACGAGGAAGUUUGCCAUUUACUCCGACGGUGCUGGAGAAAAGAAAAACCUCGCAUCAUCAUUCCUUCUGGCAAUGAAAGAGAACAGCCUUCAAUCCAUACUAGACCAGCAUAUAUUGGAAUUCGACGCGGAGCUGCUCCAAGAAGUCGCUCAGCUGGCAAAGUGCUGCUUGAGUAUGAGGGGGGAAGAACGGCCACUAAUGACGGAAGUCGCCGAGAGGUUGCGAACAAUACGAAGCAGGUGGAGAGAACAGUUGAUGCAGAAUCCUAUCAAGGAGACCGAAUGUUUGCUUGAGAAUUCAUCAUCGCAGUAUGACCCUUCUAGCACUGGACAUCAUGGAAGUCUGAUGGCGCUAGAUUUAGAAAGUGGUAGAUGA